AUGCUUCUUAGAAAAUCCAGACCAGGGGCCAACCGUUCCAGAUCGAGCUCUUUCAAGAAGACUAGUCAACCCCCCACAUGGGAUAGUCGAUUAUUCUUGAAGAUCAAUGCAAAUCGUGCGGCCGACUUGGUACAGCCUAGCCAAUUUCUGAAUGAUGAAUCAAAUACUCAACCAGCGUUGACUUCUAGGAAAAGUGUCAAUCCAGUUUUGGUUGCCCUGUUGAAUAAAACGAAAAAGAAAACUUCGAGAAAAUUGAACACCAACCAACCAACUUGGGAUGAUAUCAUAACUAUUGAAUUAAAACCUAAUGACUACUCCCAGGUUUUGACAUUAUCCAUAUGGGAUAAACAUAAAAGCUCCAAAGUGUAUCUUGGUGAGCUUAGGCUCUUUGUUAAAGAUAUCUUCAUAAGAGACGGCGUUUUUAAAUCCUCCACGGAACUUAGGUGGCAUAAAUUAUACUCCACUAAAUCCCACCAUAGUUUCGUUACUGGUUCAUUGUUGGUAUCUUUCGAGUUGCUUAUCAAGAAGAAAAAGACGAAAAAGUCUACCAGGCAAAAGAAUUUGGAUAUAGUUGAGCAAGAAGAGUUACCUUUUUCUGGCUUCAAUAGUGACAGUGCAAGGGUUGAUAGUGAUUUGGCAAAUAACAACGUAAUUGUUAAUGUUGUUCCGCCCUCUCGUAAUCCGACUGGAGCAGGAGAAUUAAACGAUAAAGUUGAUAAUCUUGCGAUAUCAGAUACAGAAGUAGAAAUCAAAGACGCAAAUCAAGCGUUACUUCAAUCAUGGUUUGAUUCCUUGCUUUAUCCGGAUCCGAGCGUAUCCAUUAUUCAACUCGAUGACCAAGGAUUUUACGCCGAUGAAGGUGAAAUAUUUCCGGACCCAGCAGUGGGUAUUUCUGAUAUCGAAUCAAUGGAUGAGGCAUCAGUCUAUGGUCGCUCACGAUCAGGAUCUAAUGCAAACUCAAAUCAUAAUAGUAGUCUGCAAUUUUUAUCUGUGACUCCUCCAGGGGAAGAAGACGUGGCUUCGUCUGAUGUAUCGUAUUUUUCGACUGAUAGUGCUUUUAAUAGUGAUUUCAUUAGUGACAGAGAAAACAUAUUCAGUGAAAAUCAUUCUGUCAAGAGUAAAUCCAAGAAAAGAUUCGGUAGAAAGCGUAAACUGAAAGCUUUAGAAAAAUUCGAAGUAAAGAAUCGUAAAGUGUUGGGUGUCUUAUUUUUAGAAAUUGUUUCCUGUACUGAUUUACCCCCGUUGAAAAAUAUGACAAGAACGUCUUUUGACAUGGAUCCCUUUGUUGUUGUUACAUUUGGUAAGAAGACAUUUAGAACUAGUUGGAAACGUCACACUUUAAAUCCAAUUUUCAAUGAGAGGUUAGCCUUUGAAGUCAUGUCCCAUGAACGUAAUUUCGAUGUUCAAUUUUCGAUUUUAGAUAAAGAUCAUUUUUCAUUCCACGAUAAUGUUGCAAAUCUCUCUCUUUCUAUGAAUGAUUUGAGAUCUCUUUCCACUCAAGUUCCUGAACAAAAAUCUGAAGAGGAAAAGGAAGACCUGGAAGUUUUCUCCAAUGUAACACCUUCAGGUGUUUCAACACCCCCAACAACUACUUCUCAAUCGCUGCCUGCCCCUAACUCACUGGAUGAUGAAAUUCUGAAAAAAGGUAUAAAAAUUUUGGAAGAUGAUAAUAUGGUUGAAUCUAUAAGAAAGAAGAAAUUCAUGAAACGUAAGAAGGUCACCUUACUGUAUGCUGAUACAUCAAAUUUUAAGACCAUGAAUCUUUCGCUAAAGCUACAUGACUCAAAGUUAAACGAAAAAUAUAAACCUAUUUUAAAAGUAAGAUCAAGGUUUCAACCUUAUGAUGAAUUGAGAAGACAAUUUUGGAAAAUCUUACUAGACCAAUAUAAUUUCAAUGAGACUCCUGGCCAAUACGAUUAUAUUGAAUUGAUAUCAGUACUUGAUACAUUUGGAUGCGAAAACAGUGAUGACAUUGUUGCAAAAUUUUUCCAAAAAUAUGGUAGAUCAACGUGGGGCGGAGACGUAUUAAAAGAUGAAGAAAUUAUCGAUUGUUUAGAAGAACAUGUUUUAUCAAAGACUAAACCAGAAGAUAAAAUUUUUGAAAUCGAAAAGUGUCCAUUAUGCUAUCAAAAGAAGCUAUCUAAAAAGUUAGAUAUAGAUAUAAUCACCCAUGUAGCAAUUUGUGCAUCUAAAGAUUGGAGUAUUGUUAACAAAUUAUUAGUUUCGUCCUAUGUCACCCCUCAAGCUGCAACAAAAAGAUGGUUUAGUAAAGUUUUAAUAAAACUUACUUAUGGGAAAUACCAAAUCGGUAGUAAUUCGGCUAAUAUUUUAGUGCAAGAUCGUACCACUGGUAUUAUAAUGGAAGAAAAAAUGGGGGUAUAUGUUAGAUUGGGUAUAAGAUUAUUGUACAAAGGAUUAGAUAAAGCCAAAACAAGGAGAGUCCGACAAUUACUUAGAAAACUUAGUGUCAAACAAGGAACAAAGUUUGAUCAUCCAAGUUCGAAAAAUGAUAUUGAAUCAUUCAUCAAGUUUCAUAAAUUAGACUUAACUCAAUGCUUAAUUGAAGAUCCCCAAAAAUAUAAUACUUUUAACGAAUUUUUUUAUCGAAGAUUAAAGCCGGGAGCAAGACCAAACGAAUCACCUAAAGAUUGCAGAAUUGUGGUAUCACCAGCAGAUUGUAGGUGUACAGCAUUCGAAACGGUUGAUUUAGCCACUGAAUUGUGGAUUAAAGGACGAAAUUUUUCAUUAGCAAAAUUAUUUAACGGUAAUUUUAGUAAUUUACAGGAUACUGAUUUAUUCAAACCUGAAAAAAGUACUUUAGGUAUUUUUAGACUAGCACCCCAAGAUUAUCAUAGAUUCCAUUGUCCGGUUGAUGGGAAGAUCCGUUCAAUCAAAUAUAUCGAAGGGGAGUAUUAUACUGUAAAUCCAAUGGCAAUAAGAAGUGAUUUAGAUGUUUUUGGGGAAAACGUUAGAGUUCUUAUUUCAAUAGACACAAAAGAAUUUGGAACAGUAAUAAUGAUUGCAGUGGGCGCCAUGAUGGUUGGAUCGACCAUAUUGAGUGUGAAGGAAGGAGAUUUCGUUAAAAGAGGUGAAGAAGUGGGAUACUUUAAAUUUGGAGGAUCCACUAUUGUUUUAUUGUUUGAAAAACUGAAAUUCCAAUUCGACGUUGAUUUAUUAGAUAAUUCGAAAACUUGCAUUGAAACUCUUAUUAGAGUAGGACAGAGUAUUGGGCAUGCACCUGAAGUCGACGAAUUUAAAAGGGAUCAUAUUGAUUUUGGUAAACAAUCCAAGGAAUUCAAAUUGAAAUUGAUUAGAGUUUUGACUGGAGGAGACUUGAAUGAUCCAAAUGAGUUGAGUAAUUGGGAAAGUUCUAACAUCAAAAUUUCUAAUGAAGACAUUAAGAAAUUGAUCAAAACAACAGAAGACCCAGGUUAUGUUGAGGACGAAGAAGAAAACGACUUUGACAGCGAAGACGAUGAAAUUCUGCUCGAUAGCAGAGAUCAUUAA